UGCCUCACCGGCAACCCCAUCGACGACUGCUGGCUCUGCUCCCCCCUCGAUUCCCCCUCCCAACGCUUCCUCCUCGCCGAUUGCUCCAUCGGCUUCGGCCGCUCCGCUCUCGGCGGCAAAAACGGCCUCAUCUACACCGUCACCGAUUCCUCCGACUCCGAUCCCGCCAACCCCCUCCCCGGCACUCUCCGCCACGCCGCCAUGCAAACCUCACCCCUCUGGAUCAUCUUCGCCUUCGACAUGUACAUUCGCCUCAACCAAGAACUCCUCGUCAACAGCUUCAAAACCUUAGACGGACGCGGCGCAAACAUCCACAUCGCGGGCGGAGCCUGCAUCACCCUCCAAUUCGUCUCCAAUGUCAUCAUCCACAACCUUCACAUCCACGAUUGCGUCCCCUCCGGAAACGCCAUCGUCCGAUCCUCUCCAACCCACGCCGGAUUCCGCGGCAGAUCGGAUGGCGAUGGAAUCUCCAUCUACGCCGGACGCGACAUAUGGAUCGAUCAUUGCGAUCUCUCCAACUGCGCCGACGGGCUUAUUGAUGCAAUAAUGGGAUCGACGGCGAUCACGAUUUCCAAUUGCUACUUCUCGAGGCACAAUGAGGUCAUGCUUAUGGGUCACAGAGACGAUUACCUGCCGGAUUCGGGGAUGCAGAUCACCAUCGCCUUCAAUCGAUUUGGGGAGAAACUGGUUCAGAGGAUGCCGAGGUGCAGGCGUGGGUAUUUUCAUAUUGUGAACAAUGAUUACACGGAAUGGGAGAUGUACGCCAUUGGUGGCAGCGCCAAUCCCACCAUUAAUAGCCAGGGGAAUCGAUACAGAGCUCCCCCUGAUCCAAAUGCCAAGGAGGUAACCUGA